AUAGAUCUCCCACUAAGCUAUGCCAUUACCAUUACACGCACAUCAUUUUAAAUUAUUGAAACUAGAUAUCAAUUUAUUGCACGUGUUGAGUAUUGAAUUGAUGAAAAAAUAAGAAUAAUGGCAAAUGUUGAUGUGGAAAAUGCACCAAAAAAUGGUGAAGAGAAAAAUGAAACUCCAAAAGACGAUAGUAACGAGAUUGGUGUAAAGCGUCCGUUAUCUGACAAUAAAUCUGACGAGACCGGUGAAACUGACGAAACACCUGCGAAGAAAGCAAAGGUCACAAAUGAACCUCCUAACGAGUUAGAAAAGAAAAUCAUUCGACAAAUCGAAUAUUACUUUGGUGAUGUUAAUCUCAGUAGAGAUAAAUUUAUGCAAGGUAAAAUUGCAGAAGAUAAUGGUUGGAUUCCACUAUCAGUAAUGUUAACUUUCAAACGAUUAGCAAGUAUAUCAACCGAUACCGAAGUAAUACUUAAUGCUUUAUCGAAAUCCGAAACGCAAUUAGUUCAAGUGAGUGAAGAUCGUUUAAAAAUUCGUCGAGUACCUGAAAUUCCUAUACCAGAAUUCAAUGAAGAACGACGUAAAGAAUUAUCGUCACGAACAGCCUAUGCCAAAGGAUUUCCAUUAAAUGCUGACAUUGACGAUAUUUUAAAAUGGUUCGAAGAUAAACCGAAUGUUGAAGGUGUGAAUAAACGAAUGUAUUUAGAUCGAAGUACGAAGAAAUUUAUGUUUAAAGGAUCCGUUUUUGUUAUAUUCAAAACGAUUGAAGAUUGUAAAAAGUUCGUAGAAGGUGGACCCUAUCAUUACGAUACGGAUAAAGCGGAAUUAAUCGUUAAAUGGCAAGAAACUUAUAUUGAAGAGAAGAAAAAAGAACGACAAGAUUCGAAAAAUUCAUUAAGUAAAUUGAAAGAAUCGAAAACGAAAAAUGAUGAUACAAAACUCGAUUCGGAAAUGAAUGAAUGUUCAAUUGUUCAUAUUUCUGGUUUAGUUCCUGAAACACUUCGUGACGAUAUCAAAAGUAAAUUCAUUGAAACGUAUGAUGUUGAUGUGAAAUAUGUUGAAUUUGAAAGUGGUGAAACGGAAGCAUAUAUUCGAUUACAAGGCAGUGAUUCUGGAGCAAAAUUAUUGGAAAAAACUAAAGAUGAAAAAAUUGAUAUUAAUGGCGGUGACAUUAAAUUAAGGGUGUUGGAAGGAGAGGAACUGGAAAAACAUAUUGAGAAAGUUAAAGCAUCGAUGAUAAAUCGACGAAAUAAAUUCAACUGUAAGAAGAAAAAUAAACGUGGUGGAAAGCCUAAAGGUAGAAAAUAAGGUUGAAAACGUAAGAAUAAAUUCCGUUUAUUCGAUGUGUAUGAUAUAUCGAAUAAUUUUGUGGAUUAAAAAUAAGAAUUAAUUUUUGUAAUUUAGAUAUAGCCGGGUACAAUUUAGAAAAAUCCAAUUUAAUUAUAGUGGGACGGAUUUCGAUUAUUUUAUUUUUACUGUUAAGGAGGAAAUAGUACGACUAUUAAGUCGGGAUAUAUAGGAAUAAAA